AGUUACAUUGCGACCGUCGUGAGCGACUGUGCAGCUUCUCUCGCUCUCGAUUCACCUCGCGCCGAAUUACGUAUUUUAUUUUCGUGUCAUAUUUUAUUGUGUGUCGGAUGAUGAUAUUCGAUUGAAACGAAACAUGGGAUUAACAUUAAGAGUUAUGAUACUCUCCAUGAUGUUUUUGCACGCUUCUUCGGUAUUGUCAGUGAACGAGAAUUUCUUAAAGAUGUUCGAAGGUCAGACUCCCGCUGAUCCGUGUUACGACGAUGACCGGCCUCGUCGUUGCAUUCCAGAUUUCGUGAACGCCGCUUUCGGUAUUCCAGUAAAAGCUUCAUCCACUUGCGGAUUGCUUACUCCGGUACAUUAUUGCGAAGCACCCGAACCAGGAGCCAAUCCUCAAUGCCAUUUGUGCGAUGAUCGGCAACCUAAAACUAGAUUUCCAGCUUCGUAUCUUACCGAUCUUAAUAAUCCCCAGAAUGUUACUUGUUGGAGAUCCGAACCGGUACCUCCGGUUACUUCGAUUAACGCACCUCCCGAUAAUGUUACCCUAACUUUGAGCCUGGGCAAAAAAUACGAACUUACUUACGUUAGUCUUCAAUUUUGCCCUAAUACGCCUAAACCGGAUUCUAUAGCUAUUUAUAAAAGCAUGGAUUAUGGUAAAACCUGGCAACCGUUUCAGUUUUAUUCCUCGCAAUGUAGAAGAGUGUAUGGAAGACCUAAUAGAGCUACUAUAACGAAAACCAACGAACAAGAAGCCAGAUGUACUGACGCUCAUAGAUACACCGGUGGUGAUAUGCAUAAUUUCGGACAAACUUCAAGAAUAGCUUUCAGUACUUUAGAAGGAAGACCUAGUGCUUCUGAUUUCGAUAACAGUCCGGUUCUUCAAGAUUGGGUAACAGCUACUGACAUCAAAGUCGUUUUCAAUCGUCUUCAUAUGCCCGUCGAAGAUUCUUCCGAUAAUUUAGAUAUUCUAGUUGACGAACGUAUGUUAAACAAGCAUUUAGAUGAACAUGAAGACAAUAAAGAACCUUCUGUCCAAUUAGUAAACGAAAUGCAAGCUGUCGAUAACGAAGAAGCGACCAAUACGAAACCAGCAGCGGUUCCAGAAGUUGUAAACAAUGUUAUAGUCGGUGGUUACCAUCAAGUGACUCAUCAAUACGCGGUGUCUGAUUUUGCUGUUGGUGGUAGAUGUAAGUGCAAUGGGCAUGCUAGUAGAUGCAUUGCCGGUCGUGAUGGACAAUUAUCUUGCGAAUGUAAACAUAAUACGGCCGGGAGAGACUGCGAACGAUGUAAGCCGUUUCAUUUUGAUCGCCCCUGGGGCAGAGCUACUACAAGGGACGCCAACGAAUGUAAAGCUUGCGAAUGCAACCAACACGCUCGCCGUUGCAGAUUCAACAUGGAACUAUACAAGUUGUCCGGCCGAGUGUCCGGCGGCGUUUGUUUGAAAUGUCGUCAUUUCACCGCCGGAAGACACUGUCAUUAUUGCCGCGAAGGUUUCUACAGGGAUCCUAACAGAGCGAUUACGCAUCGCAGAGCAUGCAAACCUUGUGAUUGCCAUCCAAUAGGAGCGUCAGGAAAAACUUGUAAUCAAGCAACAGGACAAUGUCCUUGUAAAGAUGGGGUGGUGGGAAUUACAUGCAAUAGAUGCGCUAAAGGAUAUCAACAAAGUCGUUCUCACAUCGCCCCAUGUAUAAAAAUACCAGUAGUGCAGAUGAUGGCUACAGAAGAAGACAACGAAGGUUAUGAAGACUAUCCGGAUACCUCAAAACCUGGAGAUCAGUGCGGAAAAUGCAAAGCAGCUACAAGAAGGUUAAAUAUGAACAAAUAUUGCAAAAGGGAUUAUGCUAUCAUGGCAAAAGUACUAUCCCGAAUCGAUAAUAACGAAGCUGAAUAUACAAAAGGUUGGGUGAGAUUCAUGAUCAACGUCGAAUUCAUCUAUAAAAAAUCCAAAGAAUCCAGAAUAAGAAGAGGAACCAUGCCCAUGUUGGUACCUGCCGCUGAUCUGGCUUGUAAAUGUCCCAAAAUCAAAUCCAACAAAUCAUAUCUAUUCCUAGGAAGAGAACGAGACGAUUCUCCCGGAGGAAUAGUGACGGGAAGUUUAGGAGUAACUCAAAGGUCUAUAGUCAUUGAAUGGAAAGACGAGUGGGAUCAACGGAUGCGUCGAUUCCGUCGCCGAGCUCGAAAAUGCAAAUGAACUACCAACCCAUCAAAAACGAUAUUCAAAUAAUUAGUUUUAAUGAGAAAAUAGUACGUCUGAGAGUAAAAAGACCAUCACAUGACGUGGCGCAGUUAAUAGGAUACGCGUUAACGUCAUUUAGCUUUAUCGAAUAUUUAUUGAUUGUAUCCAAGUUGUCUUCUGAUUCUCAGACUCGAUUUUUUGAUUCACUCAAGGAUCACUUGGGGUUGUUUCUAUUCCUUAACUAUAACGUGUCAUGAUUUGUAUGGAAAUAGAUCUUUUUAAUGCUGGUAGGUUAACUGUGAUUUUUCAGUAUUUGAUUUUUUUAAUUAUAUCUAUCUAAGAUAAUCAUCAUCUACAAAAAAAUAUUAAUAAGGUAAAUUAGUAAGGACAGGUUCUAAAAUCAAAUUCCCAUUAACAAAAUACAGUUAUUCAGCGCGAUCAUGGAACUGUGCACUGUGCUCCAUUUCUAUGGUGGAAACCUUGAAAAAGAAAUAGUUUCAGUUUCAGUAAUUGAUUUAGAAUUGACAAAAACUGACUCCAGUUGUUAAUAUUGACCAUUAGUCCAACUUGGCCCGUUUUUGAUCAAAAAUAAAUGUCGAGGUCCUUUUUGAACACCUUCAAGAAGAGCGUGCCAAGGAAUUGAUGCCUAUGUACAGAUUCAUAUAACAGAGCAGAUGUUCAUUUACCUCACAGAUUCCUUGACAGAAGUAAAAGGUAUCAACGGGAGCUUUUCCCGUUUUCCACUCAGGAAACAUUCGACCAUGAGUAUGCUCGACAUUUCUUUUCAAUUCUAGUGAUAGAGUCCAAUCUCCCAUUUGUCAAUUUAUUAUCAUAAAUCCCAUCAUUCAAUCAUGGUCGAUAGUGUAUUUCAGUCAUACUGAACAGUUUAAUCGAAACUAUAGUAUUUGAAAAUAAAUAGUUAUCACAUUCUUCUGAGGAAUCUGUUAUCAUUUUUGCUUCAAUGGAUUUUUGGUACAAAACUUUCGAAAUUCCAAAAGAAUAUUGAUUCUAAUUCUGAGACGAAAUGACAUGUUCCCUCUGGAUGCUUCUUGCCUCCAAACAGUUGAGCUUCUACAUUGUUUUUCAUCCAAACAAUUGACCUGCUAUAUCUUCACCAAAAUUUCCAUUGGUUUUCGAACCAGCAUCCAAAAUCUAUAGCUGAAUUGCUUCUUAAAGAUUUCAAACACGUCAUUUACACCAACUGAUACUUCCUAUGAUGAAACCACAUAUUUUUCUUUGUUUUUCUUGUAGGACAAAAUAAUUAUUUGAGUGUAUACGUUUUCGAGAGUAGAUUGAACCCAUUUGAAUUUGCCACAGAUGUCGUGACGUAAUUUCUACUACUUAAUUUGACUGAAUUCGAAUCUGGAAGCUAAUAGUUUAUCAUGGUCCUUCUCAUUCCAACCAAGCCGAACUAAUCCACCUAAAGAAGCUCAAAGUCUAUAAGAACUUCAGCCUGAAGCAAAUAGUGGUGCAUCAGGUCAAUAUACCAAGAGUUGAACGAUGUACGACACCGCUAGGAGAAGCUGCGAAGAGCUAAGGACCUCUCUACAUCCAUUUAAGCGAUUUAACAGAUUACACCAGGCAUUAAAGAUUUAGAUAGACCAAGAUCAUGGACGACAUCGCUUGGAGAUAUUUCGAAUCAGUUAGAACAAAAUUAACACCCAAGACAAGAUCAGUCUGAAGCAAAUUAUGAUGCUUCAGGUCAAACAACCGAGAUUUGGACCAAAAGAUUAUGGACGACAUCAUUAGGAGAAACUUGAAAGAGCUAAGGAUCUACCUAAACAAGAAAUCAGCUGGACCAAGACCUACAGUGAAUAUCCCAAUAACAUAAAUCACUUAUUAAAACGUAUGGUAAUAAUUGAAGAUUGCUUGAGCAACGUUAACAACUAUAUCCAAUCUUUUCACUCUACUCCUAUUUUUUAUGAUGAAAAAUCUAAUUGAUUCUUGUCAUCUUCUACCCACAGUAAUUUGGUUCCAUCAAGAAACUAUUCAAACUGAUUUAGUAUGUCUAAAAUAGUUACAAGCUACUGGGUCGAAUUGUUUUUAAAUAGAACACCCUAUAACUCGUUUAGGAGCCACUUUCAAUCUAAGAGAAUCUUUGAGCUGAAGAUACAGAGUUGAAAUUAUCAGUAAGACUCUGUUUGAAAAAAAUAUCACGUUGAUGGUAUCUAAAACUGACUGGAAAACACCUGUUAUAUAGAUAAAAUGGAUCAGAUAACCUUUCAAAAAAUUUGUAAAACAUUCACGUUAGAAUAAUAAUAAAUUUUCCUCCUACUAAUCUACCUUAUUAACAACUUGUUUCAGAUUACCUUAAAGUCGAUAACAUUAUUAAAACCACAUAGAAUUUUAGAUAAUUAAGGUUAGCUUUUCGAUAUAUACAUUAGAUUAGAUGUAAUCAGAAUGUUCCUUAUAAAGUGAUCACCAUUAACGAAAAUAAUGAACCAGUUUCCAAGAUAGAAAUCAUUUAGAAAGUACUUGAAAUUAACUUCACAGGAGAUGUAUUGAAAGUGAGGUUAUGUUUGUUAAGGAAAUAAACGUAUUUUGAUUACAUCUGAAGAUAAUUGAGAAAAAUAUCCAAAAAAUGUCAUAUUUAAUAACAAAAAUAUGAGUUGAAAUCAUUAUCAGUAAUUUCAGUUGUUUAUAAUUUAAUAUAUUUAGCAAAAAAUGUUUGUAAAUAUCGUUUUUGGUACCUACACUUUUCUGAUAACAAUCAGAAAACCUAACCUAUUAGGUAGGCAACUAUUCAUGCAUUCAAACUGCUUAACCUCAUUAUUAGUCCACAUUUCUUAUGGAUCUAAUGCCUGUUUAAAAUGGCUAAUUUCUUUCUUAAUUGAAGUGUGAUUUAGAUAGUUUAUAAAUAAAUGUGUGAUUGUCAAAUUCAAUUAACAUCGCACUAAUCAAAAAACAAUUUUAAAAAACUAAAUGUUCGGGUGUGAUUGAAAACUUAUACAACUCCUACAAUUACGAGCUUGUUAAUUCAUUAUAACACUUCUGGAUAGUGUGGUACUUUAUUAGGUUCAUAAGCGUGGAUAAAACAUUAUAAUUAUACGGGGUAUUGUCAAAAAUACCACAUUCAAUACACCUUUUGAGUGGCUUAAAUCGAUAUCUAUAAUUUUAUACAAAAUGUUCGUACUAUACUGAUAGAUAUUUUCCUGUACUUCAAUACUUAUUUGUUCGCAAUUUACGAGCCUAGUAUAACAAACUAAAAAUAAAAUUAGUCAGCUUCAUACCCGUAAAUAAAAACAUUUCAAACUAAGCGCCAAUUGCAGAAAUAUUUGAUCUGAUGUGAGAGAUUUUGAUGGUAAGAAUAUAUGUCUCUUUUAAAAAUAAAAAAAAACAAAUGCUUCAUGAGAAUUUUUGGAAAUAUCGACUUAAUAAAGAAGAUUGUGGUUCAUUGAAAGUCUAUUUAUACUGAUAGGCAUUUGAAAAUCACUUUCCAAUAGUAUCCUGGCUAAAAAAAAUAUUCAUCUCACUCAUAACUUUUUAUUUUAUCAAGAAAUAACCAUUUUUGAGAAAAAAUGAGACUAGAUAUGUCAAAAAAAUAUCUUUAUAUGAAAUGUACAGGGUCAAAGUGAAUCUUCAAACUCAAACAGAUUCAUAAGAUUUCGUGUCACUUUAAUUAUAAUUAAUCAAGUUUUCCCAUUCCCAAAUGAUUUCAAAUAUUGAUGUAAUGAUGAGUAUAUCAUAUUUAAACACAGUUACACAAAAUGUUUGAAUAAAAUCACAUUCCUGUACUUCAAAGUUUGUUCUUUUUACUAGUGUAACAAGCUAAACAUGAAAUUAGUCAUUAUGCAUACAUAAAAAUAUUCAAAACUAAGCGCCAACGGUGGAGAGUUGAUUUGAGAGAUUUUUAUGGUAAUACCACUAAAAAAUUUAAUAUACAGCUCUCUUUUUCUCGAAUCUGAUAUACAUGCAGAAUAUAGCUCACGCUCCUCCACGUCCGCAUAUUUAAAUGUUAAAUUAUGACUCAUAAUACUUGGAUAAUAGCAUUUUCCACUGUUAAGUCAAAUAUGGGUUACUAUAAUCCACUGUAAACUGUCUGUUAGUGCUUAAAGACCUGCCAUUAUAUUUCCAACGACAGUUUUCAGGUUUCUUGUGUCAACAUAUAGUAUUAUUUUGAUAUUGGUGUUCUAAUUUUUCAUAUUCAAUCAACCCAUAAAUAAUUUUGGAUAUUUUUUUCUGGAAACAAAAAUUUUUAUUGUUACGUAAUAAUUUGUAUAAUAAAUGCACUGUACCAAAUGCAUUUUUAUAUUGUAUGUUAUAUAACAUUUUACCUAAGACAAUUUGUAAUUAUUUUUUAUUUUGUACAUAACAUUUUUUUAAUCACAUAAUCCAUUAGUCGUGAUUUAUUUAUUGUGUGUAUAACAAAAAAUUUAAGAUUAAACAAAUGAUUGUUAUUGAAUGGAUGGUUUUAGUUUUGUAUAUUUUGUAUAUUUUUUAUUUUAUUUUCUAUUAUUAUGUUAUCAAGAGCCCUAUUUAUUUUUAUAACAAUAAUAUACAAGUUGUUUUCUAACAUAUAAAAAUUCUCCAGAAUUAUGAUAGAUGUCACCUUGGUCCUUUAGCCCUUCCAUAAAUGUUUUUAUUGUCUAUGGUAUUUGUAUUUGUCAAAAUUUAUCAUUAUCAUUUUAUUUACUAUGAUUCUAUUGGAAAUUAUCACUUUUAACCCCUUUUGUAAAAAGAGAUGUCAUAAUAUAAUUUCGUAGACAAUUAGAUAAAAAUUACAGCGCGGCAACGGUGUAAAACAUCUGUCACAUUAUUUUUUACAAAGAACGUUCAAGAUUUAUGAGUAUUUCAAAGUACUUUAAGCAGUACUAUCUAUAUAUAACUUCUGGCUUUGAUUGUCUCCAAAAGAGUUUAAAAAUUCUAUUGAAAGUAGAAAACUCCUCCUCCCAGUCAUCUUCAAUUAGAAAACGAAGAAGAAGUUGAUCUUUCACAACAACAGGAACACAGAAGAGUACGUGAAUAAAAGAUGAGAAGGAGACAAACAAACAUAAAUUGAGAAAGUAAAAAACAAAUAAAAAAUUAAGAUACAAGCUAAGGUCAGGUAUUAUUUGAUACUCGUUCAAAAUUAGGGUUAAAUAACCUAUUAUGUAAGAAAAAAUUAAUGUUUUGAUGUUUGUACAAGUCAUAAAUGAGAUUAUGAAGUAUAAUUAUCAAAAUUUUGCAUCAGGAGCUUAAUAGACACAUAAAAUUGCAACUCAAGGACAUACCAAGGAUUUGUUUGGAAAAAAGGAUCCUAUAGGUUUCAAGAUUCUCUCAAAGCAAGUGAUUAGGAAGGGCAACUCUACCACUUCAACACAACUUGUAUAUUUUGAUGAAUGAAUGUGUGAUGAAUGAUGUGAGUUUACUAGAAAUUGUACAGUAUUAUCAGUAUCUUAUUAAGGAAAUAAAAGUGUAUUUCAUAUUUAUUGUGUUAUUCAAAUAAUAAGCUGAAAACGCCCAUUUCCGAUCUAUUUAAAAUAUUAUUUCAAGAACAGUGUAAUUCAAUUAGAAUUUAAUAUUUUUAAUAAGGUUAAAAAUGGGCUUUGAAACUGAAAAUUCUGUAUUGAAUUACUUAUUCCGAUGACCAUAAUACCAAUAAUUUGGUUUUUAAUUGAAUUCAUAUAAAUUUAAUAGGAAUUUCAGUUUAUUGAUAAAACUAUAUCUAGUUCCUAGAAAUCAUUUUAAGGAUAUGAAUGUUUAAAAUUAAUAGACCUCAAAAGUAACCCUAGAUCUAGUUUCUGUGUUGUCAACAUAUCAAACUGUAAUGUGCUUCGAAUCUCAGCUAUGUUGGAUAAAAAAUAAAUCUUACAUUUAAACUUCA